AUGGAGCAGUUCCAGGACAGCCACCACGUGAGGCUGCGGAGCCGCGAGCACGGCAUGUACAUGCACGCCGACAAGGACGGCCGUGGCGUCUCCCUCCGCCGGCCCCGGGCGUCGAUGAACGCGGCGUGGGCGGUGCACCUGUACCAAGACGAUGACGAUGUCCAGUACGUGCUCCUCCACAGCGCCGCCUAUGGCGGCUACCUGGCGGCCUUGGACGCACCGGCGCCGGUAGGCCACCGCGGGCGCCGCGUCGAGCAGCGCGACUACGAGGAAUGGGAGGAGGAGGCCGUCAGGUGGCGGCCCGUCAGGCUCGUGCCCGGGGACUACAUCCUGCUCCGCCACGCCAGCGGCCGCUUCCUCCGCGCCAACGGGAAGUACCUCCCCUGGAACAACAGCGCCAGCGUCGACGACUUCGACACCGUCAGCACGAUGACGCACUGGGUCGUGGAGCGCAUCCCCGCCAGGGAGCUCCCCCUCGCCGGAGGCCUCGACGUCCUGUUGCCGCGGCGGUGGAUCGUGUACGCCUCGGCGGGCGCCGAUGGGGGCCCCUUCUUCUGGGCUGCGUUGGGGUUCAAGGGGAGGUCUGUGUUCCGCCUGAGGAGCGAGCUGGCCAGCGAGAUAGGCAUCGGCAUGGGCGACCUCGUCAUGUGCCGAUGUGCGUCCAGGCGGGCACUAACGGGCGGCCCGGCGGCCUACCCCACUCGUCGUCAACCUACCCCGUGGCACGCGGACCCUUUACAUCGUCGUCCUCAUGGCCGGGGAGCCAGCCCAGCCAACGUCGAGCUGCGCCAGAUGUUGGUGCAGAGUAGAAAAGGAUAA